GCUACGUUUAAUGGUGACGUGUGGAUGGACAAUCGACGGUUCAGCAUGCAGGUCCUGCGGGACGUUGGCUACGGCAAGACAUCCAUGGAGGAACAUGUCAGGGGUGAGUGCCACAGUAUCGUGGAGAAAAUAUCCAGGGCCAACGGCAACCCCAUAUCGGUCUACAACCUCUUGCUUACAAGCAUGUCUAGCAACAUCGCUUCGCUCGUUUACGGCACACGGCACGCUCACGAUGACCCGCACCGACUGUACAUGGAUAAGAUGCUGCUGGAUGUGUUCGAGGCGAUCGGACACGGCAGCAUGCUUGAGUUCCUGCCCAUGUUCGUGCGCCAGCUUCUCAGGAAGCUCCCGUCCACGCGCCGAAGUGCCAUGGCUUCCAAGGUCAAGACGUUUAUCCAGUACACGAAGGGGCAAAUCGAGGAGCACAAGCAGACCCUAGACAACGAUUCUAAUCGGGACUUCAUCGACGGCUACCUCAAGAAGAUCAAGGAGCACGAAAAGGAGCCGAAAUCAAACUUCACACAUUGCUACCUCGUGGGCAAUGCCAUGGCGUUGUUCUUCGGCGGCUCACGCACCGUCACCGCAGCCCUGCAGUGGCACUUCCUCAACUUCGCCGACAAGCCGGAUACAGUGCAGGCCAGAGUGCAGGAGGAGAUCGACCGAGUGGUGGGCAGGGAGCGCCAGCCAACGUGGGAAGACCGGCAGAAGAUGCACUACACCAUGGCCUGUAUCUGGGAGAUGAACCGCUGGAAGACCGUGUCACCGCUAGGAGUGCCCAGGUGCGUUCUUGAGGACACUGUCUUCGACGAAUUUUACAUCCCGAGUGGAACGACUGUCGUCCCCAACAUCUGGGCAGUGCACAACGACCCCAAGCUAUGGAAGGAGCCCUCGAAGUUCAACCCGAGCCGGUUCCUCGGAGCGGACGGCUCCCUCUUACACCCGAAGCCUGAGUACCUGAUUCCAUUCUCAGUCGGUAAGAGCGACUUCAAGGAGCUUCCAGAUGCUACAGAAGGACGAGAAAGAUCACUUUUUGGGUCGCAGUAUUAG